AUGGGCUCUCCCUACUCAGCUGACAACUGGUUGCUCCACAGUGGUGCCACACACCACAUCACGUCCGAUCUCAACAAUUUGUCUCUGCAUCAACCGUAUCAAGGAGGUGAUGAUGUGUUGAUUGGCGAUGGAUCUGGACUUCCCAUCACCCAUACUGGUUCUACUACGUUUCACUCCAACUCACGCCCUCUUGCUUUAAAUAAUAUCUUAUGCGUUCCAAACAUACACAAGAACUUGAUUUCUGUGUAUCGUUUAUGCAACUCUAAUCAAGUCUCCGUUGAAUUUUUCCCAACUUCCUUUCAGGUGAAGGAUCUCAGCACGGGGGCUUGUUACUCCAAGGCAAAACUAGAGACGAGUUGUAUGAAUGGCCAGUGA